AUGGCCGGUCAUGGCGCAGGCUGUGGCCCCGGGCCCCCCCCUUCCUCACCCGAUUCCAGCAAGCACCCCUUUACGUGUGGGGACGUCCCGGCUGUGCUGGGGGAUGGAAGAGCUGCAGCCUCCAACGAGCAGUGCCGGGGCUGGGACCCCACACCCUGGGCUGCACCCAUAACAGCCCCUUCCCCCAAGACCUGCAGCGGUCCAGAAGACCCCUUAGUUCACACCCAGGUCUCAGCCCUCCUGCCGAGGCUGCAAGACCCUGCUCCUGGGACCUUGCAGAGCAACACCCCCCCAGCCCAAGAAGGCUCCUCCCUGGCCCUGCCCUGCCCCCCCAGCCCCAGACUGGGCAGGCGGGUCUGGGCCCUGACCCCACGCAGAGGCAAGGAGCGCAAGCGGACCAGCGGCAGCCACGAGGCCCGGGGGGCUCCCCCUUCGCCCCCAGGCUCAGAGUCCCAUUCCUCUCCUCCGGCCACGCCCGGGGCGCCCACUUCCUCUCUCAGCCUGCUGCCCGGGAACCCCCAGGGCCCUAUGGAGGAGGGGGACCCUGUGUCCUCCGCCGACCCCCAGGGCAUCACAGCAGCUCUGGGGCCCCAGCAGCAGCUGCGGGGGGAGCCCCAGCCCGCGGAGUCCGGGGUGGAGCCCAGCAGGCCCGCAGCCUUAACAGCUGGCCCCUCACCGGCCAGAGACAGGAACUCAAGCUUGGUGUCAGCAGAGGGCAAAUCCAGCCUCCGUCACACACCCACUCGACGGGGGGGCGCUCAGUCUGCACGGCAGGCCCAGGGCCGUGAGAGGGGGCCGCGCACAGGCCGCUGUGUCUCCGGAGCAGUGGAGCCCCAGCAGCUGGCACUGGGGUGUUAUGACCCCGAACAGGGCCCCUUCCCUCGCCCACGUUCCGAGGACAGGCCCCGCACCGGAUCUCCGCAGCAGCACCCGGCCUGUGUGGGCACGGCCAGACCCCCUGCCCUCGAUCGUCACGAGGAGACACGGAACCCGGGCAAGCGCAGCGUCGGCAACCACACGGCUGACGAGUCACUGCGAACCCCCGGCGCGGUACCGGCCAGCCCCUCCUUCUGCGAGCGCUCCCCGCCCCCAUACACCUGA